AUGCAUUUCAAGUCACUCAUUGCGCUAAUAGUAUCAACGACGACGGUGUUAGUUCAGGCUGCGGAUAAUGAUACCGACUCGUGUUCUUUUUCAAAAACGCUGAUUAUAGACCCAACCGGUAUACAAUCGUUAAAUGCUUGUCCUACUUUGGAUGGUGAUAUUACAAUCACCGGUAAUUCCCUUAAUUCGAUUGACUUGUCGGGAGUUACAGUCAUUAAAGGAAAAGUCUUGAUAACAAACUCAGGUUCAAUUAUUUCAUUGAACUUGAACCAAUUACAGAAUAUUACAGGUUCCUUGGUUUUGAACAAUGUUACUCAAUUGAAUUCGAUCGAUUUGAAUUCAUUGAGCAUUGCCGAUGAUUUGGAACUUAUUUCCUUGCCAUCCUUUGCCAUUUUGAAUUUGAACCAGGAUGUUUCAAAGGCGGGAAAAGUUGUUUUGUCAGAUACCGCGUUGUCCAAUUUGAACGGAUUAGCUGCAUUUGAUACUAUUGACCAUAUGAAUAUCAACAAUAACAAGAAUAUCACUCAUAUCGAGUUUGUCAAUUUGCAAACCGUUACCGAUUCUUUAGUAUUGAGUUUCAACAAUGAUAAUGCUAUUGUCUAUUUGAAUGCUUUGAAAUGGGCCUCCAAUUUAACAAUUCAAGAUGUCGGUGAGUUUUACGCCUCCAACUUGACAGCAGUUAACGGAUCAUUAUCGUUUAGUUAUAAUACUUUUGAUAAAUUGAAUGUUUCAAAGUUGGAAACUGUUGGCUCUUCUUUGCAAAUUUUUGCCAAUGACGAUUUAACCGAUUUAAGCUUGAACUCGUUGAGGGAAAUUAGCGGAGAAUUAAGAAUGUUCAACAAUACUCAAUUGGAAAACUUGGAUGACUCGUUUAAUAGUUUGCAAAGAAUUAGAGGUGCCGUGAGCAUUGCUGGUCCAAUCACCAAUUUUACCGUUUCGAGCUUGCAAAGAGUUAAUGGUGAUUUUGAAUUGAAUUCUUCUUCUGAAGAUUUCGAUUGUUCAGAAUUCAAUGCAUUACACGAUGCAGGAGACAUUGAAGGUCACAAUUAUAUCUGCGCUGCUGGUGUUGAGGAAUCAAUGUUGAGUUCACAAUCUACAAGUACUUCUAGUAGCGACUCAACUGAUGGUUCCGGCUCGACAACUACAUCUACUGGUAACAGAGAAAACGGAGUAAACAAGUUGAUUGUUCCGGGCUCUUUCUUGACUGGAUUGGUUGGUGUACUUGCUUUACUUUAG